AAUGAGAAACAAAAAAUGAUUUUAUUUCCCUAACCAAAACUUUCACAUUUCCAUUUCCCCCUUCCAUAUAUAAGACUCAAACCCCAUCCCAUCCUCUUCCCUCUCCCUGCGGCGGGCACCCAUUGCCGCUCAUUGCUUUACCGGCCAAAGAAUUUUGGCCGGUUUGGCGGAAUAUCUGCUCUCUUCUGCAGAAUUGGAAGUGGUUUGAAGAUUGAUUAUUGUGAUUUUUGGACCUCGAUACGCUUUUAUGGCUUCUGGUCAGGAUGCUAUGGGCUCAUUCUCUAUUCCUGACUGGAAGGGACCGGUUGUUUGUCCAAAACCUCGGCGAGUUGGGAUUUUGGUUAAUGAUAUGAUGAGACCUACGAGAUGUCACACGGGGCAUCAAGCUGAGGUGUUUGAUUCAAAAGUCGGGGCAGAACUUCUUGACCUUAUUCUCAUGAAGGGGCAAUCUGCCACUCAGUUAGCAUCUUCGCCUCCAUUUUUUUCUGGGUCUCCUCCUACCAGGACUGCUAACCCUUUAACUGAAGAUUCCCGAUUUGUGAGUGGAAAAAUUACUCCUACUUCUCUGUCAGCAUCGCCCGUUUCAUCCUCUUCUGAUUCUCCAUCUUCAGCUCGUAAGGGAGGAUGCAUUAGGUUGAAGUUUGGGCACAAACCGGCUGCAGUUAGAGUUGAAGGCUUCGACUGCGCUGCUGUGGCAUAUUAACUUCUUAACUAAGCCGUACAUACAAAGGAGCUCAAUGCCACAGAAUUCGACAAACAGCUAAUUUUUCAUGAAGAGAGUAUUUGUUAUUUUUCUUCAAACGGGAAGCAUAGGAGGGGAACUUCACUGAGUAAUAACGUGGUUUGCCAAUGAUUUAUUGCCUGAUUUAUGUCUUUGUAUUUAGCUUGACAGAAAGUCAGAAGAAGUGCAGUGUCUCAAGAAGAGUUGGUUGUAUUGCUUGAUAAUAGGGUUUUCUUUUUCUUUCAUAUUUCCACAUAAAGUGGAUCACUACCAAGAGGGUCUUUAGGGUUCUUUUUGCAAUCACCGGGAAAGAAUUCUGUAUAGAGGCUACAUGUAAAUACGCUGGUGAUAUUGAAGGACCAAGUUUGAUA